AUGCACUUCUUGAUGCCACUGUCAGUUACACAUAUAGUAGUGCAUGAGAGAGUUACUUUUUCUGGUGAUAUAUUUGUAUUAGAGCAAAAAGCCCCUGGAAAAGAUUUAUUUAACAUGAGCUGCAGUCAUCUAAAUCUAACAGAAAAAGAAUACUUUGGUUUGGAAUUCAGAAGUCACUCUGGAUACAAUGUGUGGCUGGAAAUUCUCAAACCUAUAACAAAACAAGUGAAAAAUCCUAAGGAGACCAUUUUUAAAUUUAUGGUGAAGUUUUUCCCAGUGGAUCCUGGCCAGUUGAAGGGAGAGCAGACAAGAUACCUAUUUGCUUUGCAAAUGAAAAAGGAUUUGGCAUCUGGAAGAUUAUCUUGCAAUGACAACAGUGCAGCUUUAAUGGCAUCCUAUAUUCUGCAAGCAGAGCUGGGAGAUUUUGAUGAAGAAACCGCUAGAAAGCACUUGGAACAGAACCAGUAUGUACCCAAUCAGGAAUAUUUGGACAAUAAGAUCCUGAAAUAUUAUCAGCGUCACAUUGGAAAAUCUCCAGCUGACUCAGACAUGCAAUUAUUGGAUAUUACUCGGAAGUUGGAUAUGUACGGAAUCCGUCCUCACCCAGCUAAUGAUGGAGAAAACUUGCAAAUCAAUCUUGCUGUUGCUCAUAUGGGAGUGAUGGUCAUACGGGGUAAUGUGAAGAUAAACAUUUUCAAUUGGGCCAAUAUUAGGAAGCUGAGUUUCAAGAGGAAGCAUUUCCUUAUAAAGCUACAUCCACAUAUUGAUACAUUGUGCAAAGACACUUUGGUAUUUACCAUGGAAAGUCGUGAUGCAUGUAAAGCUUUCUGGAAAACCUGUGUUGAAUACCACACCUUUUUCCGCCUUUCUGAAGAGCCCAAAUAUAAGCCCAAACCAUUCCUGUGCAGCAAAGGCUCAAACUUCAGAUACAGUGGAAGAACCCAAAAACAACUUGUUGAUUCCUGGAUGAAAGGAAAGGCAAAGAAUCAUCCCUUUGAAAGGAAGCACUUCCAAGAAAAUCUGCAUGAGAGACAAUGCAGGUCAUCUCCGGACCUUCUUACUGAAGUAGCUAAACAGCCCAAUGAUUUAAGACUGGUUUAUACCAGUAGACCCUGCUCCAGAAGCGUUAACAGUGUUGGCUGGGAACCACUGAUGGGCAAGAAUAGAAGAAACUCUGCUGUGGAGGUCAUUUUUGCAUCAGAGACGGAACGUUCUAAGCCAGAGGCAGAAGUGGCUGCCAUUCAAGAGUCUAAGAGUAGUUCAUCAUUCCCAGGCUGCAGUUAUAUGGAUAUGAUAAAUGAUGCACCAAUACAACGAUAUGAGAGGAGAGCUUUAUCUUACCAUGAAGAAAGCAGCCACCAUGUAGGAAAUUUUAAGAGUAUAUCUGAAGGUAGUAUGAGACAGGUUGUUCCUCUUCUACCAAGGACUUACACAGACCCCCCCAUUGAAUCAAAAUAUCAGAUAAAUAGAGCAUCCCCUAAUUUGUACUGUUACACAGAUAGAAUAUCUCAGCACACCUCAGCAAUAGUGGAAGAAAUUGUAAAGCUCACUAGUCAACCUAGCCCAUUUGAAGAACAACCCAGUAGACAUUCAGCUGCUCAAAGAAUGAAGGAGUAUAAUCAACCAGUUUAUCCCAGAACAAGCUGUAAAAGUAAUGCAAACAUGGAACUGAAAACCAACAGUGAACCAUUUAAUAUGGAAUAUAGCCAAGAACUUUAUCCAAAGAGAUCUUUAAGCCAUUCAGACAUGAAAGCUACAUGGUUUCCAUAUGGUUCAGAAUUCAGACCGCUGGGCCCUUGUCCUAUACUAAGCAAAAAAGAGGCUCUCUCAAAAUUCCAUCUAUCUCAACAGCCAUUUCCCCCUCCUCCUCCACCACCACAACCUCCUCCUUUACCUGCAGUAAAAAACAUGUCAAGGGUCACAGAGAGAUAUGUGUACAGUGGCACUGAAUCCAGUGAUUCUGAAACAGAAAUUAUUAAUCCAUACUAUUAUGCAGUGUUUGGGAAAAAUAUAAGAUCUCCCAUAGCAAGAGCAAGGCUGUCUUCAGGAAGCCUUCAACUAGAUGAUGAUGAUGAUGAUGAAGAUAUUCUUUUAAAUGUUCGAGGGUGGGAAACUAGGAAGUCCAAAGUAGAGAAAAAGUGGUUUCAUGCUUAGGUGCUAAAUAUGUGAAAAACUAUAUAUGUUAUUUUGUGUCAUUGGGACAUAAUUACUUAUAUUUAUGAACAUCAGAGUGAAAAUUGAAAGUCAAAUAUUAAUAAAAACAAAAUUAUUCCAAACCA